CCUCUUUCGUCGACGCUGAAGAUGGCGCCUUCCAUGUUGUUUGCGUGUGCUCGUACAUUCUCAAAAGUUUUAAACCAUGGCCACCUUAACCUGGCAGCUUCAAUGUCAAAACGGGCAGUAUCACAAGUGCCACUAGGUUUUGUCGGUCUGGGCAACAUGGGGAAGAACAUGGCUAGUAACCUUCUCUCUAAGGGGCACCGGCUAGUCGUGUAUGACGUGUACCCAGAAGCCAUGGAAGCAAUGGCAAGUCAAGGUGCCAUUACUGCUCAGAGUCCAGCUGAACUGGGUGAACAGUGUGACCGCAUCAUCACUAUGCUUCCAUCGAGCCCUCAUGUGAGAGAAGUGUAUGCCGGCAAAAAGGGGAUUCUAUCGACAGUGAAGACUGGUUCUCUUCUAAUAGAUAGCAGCACCAUCGAUCCAUCUGUCUCCCAAGAGAUGGCAAAAUUGGCUGAAGCAAAAGGAGCUUUGUUUAUCGAUGCCCCAGUGUCUGGAGGGGUAUCUGCAGCGAAGGCAGGAACACUAACAUUUAUGGUUGGAGGAAACGAGUCCGAAGUGAGUGCCGUACAAGAGAUCCUGCUCUGCAUGGGCAAGAAUGUCAUCUACUGUGGUGGAAUUGGUUGCGGUGAGGCUGCGAAAAUCUGCAACAACAUGAUGCUGGCCAUAUCAAUGAUCGGAACAGCUGAAACGAUGAUCCUCGGAAAGAAGCUCGGGCUGGACCCCAAGGUGCUCAAUCAGAUUCUUAAUGUAAGCUCUGGGAAAACAUGGCCCAGCGAAGUCUACAGCCCUGUUCCAGGAUUAAUGCCCAACGCUCCUUCUAGCAACAAUUAUGAAGGUGGAUUUGGGGCUGCGCUCAUGACAAAGGACCUUGGUUUGGCACAAAACGCUGCAACACAGACCGGUUCCACAACUCCUUUGGGAUCACUGGCCCAUCAAAUCUACAGACUACUACUCAACCACGGCCUUGGACAUAAAGACUUUUCAAUAAUUUACCAGCUUCUAGAAGGAAAAGUGACUAAGUCAAAGUAAUUGUGUGCACAGACUGAAGAGCCAGAGCAUGGCUGUCUUGAAAACGAUGAGCAUUCCAGUGCAGCAAUUGCCUGCUACAAAUGGCAUGAGCACCGCAGUGGCUGCAUGGCAUUAAAAUAAAAUGUUUUGUUACCUA